CAUUUUCAUGGGCUGCUCUCACUAACGAACCAACCUAGUAGUCAUGCACAUCAGCGUCUGCAGUUCUGCACCUGCACGCGCACACAAAUCGGCCCAGUAGCGCGUGUGGAGAAGCUGUAAUAGUAGUCCCGGAGGAAUUCGCUCUCCUGAGUGGAGACUGGAGACUGGAGUUCACAACUGUUUUCGCUGUUUCUCUCUCCCGUAGCCCAGUUUACCUCGCCUAGGGCGACCACCGCCGCCGCCCUACGCCAGCUGCCCAGGUCUUGGGCGGACCCUUUGCCGGCGACGAGCACCCACCACACCAGAUCAAACUCUAGAUAUUGCCACUCUACGUCCCAGCAUCCUAUGACCACAUGGUUUAGACAGUGCUGUCCAGGUGGAUGAUGAAUUGUGGUGCCCAAACGGAGGCACGUGGCACGCCUCUUGAAGAUAGGCACUGGUUGGAAACAGAUUUUGUUGGCGCUCCAAGAGUUCAUACUUAUGUACUUUCCUUUCUCAAAUCAUAACAAAUCUUAGGCAGUUCAAGCUUAGCUGAAUGUCAACUUGCCUCCACGUGCAAGAUCCCAGAAACAUUGCUAUGUCUCGUCCGCUUGAUUUUGCUGUGCUUAAAUACAAAAACCAAAAGCUUGCGGAACAACUGGAAGUCCACAAAUUUGAGUUCUGUGCUCUUGAGAGUAGAUUUAAUGAUCUAAAAGAGAAACAAAGGACACAUAAUAAGACACUUGUUCUAGUCAAAAGUUAUUGGGAGCGACUCAUAGCAGAUCUGGGUAUAGUUUCUGUUUGCAAAAAUGAAUCUUCACGUUCAAGCUGCAGUACAGGGAACAACAAUAUACGAAAGGAAACAGACUUUUUAAAUGGACUUUUGGAGGCUGGUGCCACAGAAAGUUCAGGUUCUCCCAAUUGCCAACUAGGAAAUGACGUCUCUUCAGAACAAUCAACAACAAUUGAUAUUCUGCAGAAGCUAUUCCUUCCAUCAAGUGGUCCAUGGCAUGUGAAUAACGAGUUUGUUUCUGCUGCUCUCAUGAAGUUGCCAGAAAAUGAACACAGCAGGCAAUUGCACAAUGCUACCAGCGAUGUGUUAUCCAAGCUUCAUGUGGUGAUGCGUACAGUAGAUAAUCUUCACUUGAAACACAGGCAGUUAGCAGCGAACUAUCAAAAACAAAGAGAUUCGAGUGCCUGGAACAGAGCUGAACAGAAACGUCUGAAAGAGGAGUUGACUAGUGUUGUUGCCAAGUUGGAAGGAAGCAAACAAAAACUGGCAGUACUGAAAGCACAGGGAGACAAUAAACAAGCAACACCGAUCCUGGUUCCUACGCUGGGAAACAAAAAUAUGACUGCAGAAAAGGUGAGAGAUAAACAAACAGAACUGCAAGAUCUUGAAGCUACUCACAAGGAGUUAAUGGAAUUGAUUUCAAAGCGUCUGGAGGAAAUUAGAAGGCUGCAUACAGAGAGAAUUGAAAUUUUGAACAAGUUAGCAACUUUUCAGAAUAUACUAACGGAUUUCAAAAGCAUUCACUCUUCCAAAGCUUUUCAACUUGUCAAUGACCAACUUCAGAAGUCACAAGCAGAACUGGAUGAUCACCAAACGUUGUUAGAGAAAUUACAGGUUGAGAUGGAUACCUUUGUUUGGCGAGAAAGGCAAUUUAAUCAAAAAGUUGAUUUGGCUGAAAUCCCCCAGAAGGUUUCUGCAUACUGUGUGUCUAGAAUUGCUGACCUUGAAAAGGAUGUCCAGAAACUGUGUAAUGAAAAGAAUAUGCUUGUGCUGAAACUUGAAGAGGCUUCGAGAGAACCUGGUCGGAACCAGGUUAUCUCAGAGUUUAAAGCUCUGGUGUCAUCACUACCGAGGGAAAUGGGUGCCGUGCAAAGUGAACUGUCCAAACACAAGGAUGCUUCCUUACAGUUGCAUUCUUUGCGAGCAGAAGUUCAUUCACUUUCUAGUAUCCAAACCAGAAAGGAACAAGAAAUUGAAGAAAUGUCAUUUAGAUCUGCCCAUGCUGGAUCUGAUAUAAGCCAACUUCAAUCUCUGGUCCGUGAGCUGAGGGAAAAUACACAGGAGCUUAAGCUAUUUGUGGAGUUGUAUAAGCAUGAGUCCACUGAUUCCAGACAGCUGAUGGAAUCGAGAGAUAGGGAACUCGCUGAAUGGGCUCGAGUUCACAUUCUCAAAUAUUCUCUUAGUGAAAGUAAAUUAGAGCAACGUGUAAUUUCAGCCAAUGAAGCUGAAGCAAUCUCUCAGCAGAGGUUGGCAACUGCUGAAGCUGAGAUUGCUGAAUUAGGGCAGAAGCUAGAAACUUCUAGGAGAGAUCUAGUGAAACAAUCUGAUAUACUGAAGUCUAAACAUGAAGAAUGUGAAGCGUAUGUUGUGGAGAUCGAGAGCAUUGGCCAUGCCUAUGAAGAUAUAAUGUCACAAAAUCAACAAUUGCUACAGCAGAUUAUUGAAAGAGAUGAUCAUAAUACCAAGCUUUUCAUGGAGGGUGUUAAAUCAAAACAGUCACACGAUGCUUUGCAUUUGGAGGUGCGCUCGUUGCAAAGAAAUUUGCAGCAUGCAAGUACUUUGAUGGAUUUGUGCAACCAGAAAACUAUCCGCCUAGAGGACCAGCUAAGAGGUUGGUCAGAGCGGUUGAGGAGACUGUCAGAGGAUGGAAUGCAGCAGUCUAUUUCAUUGGGCAAUUAUCAAAAAAAGCUGUCUGGUAUGCAUGGAGAAGCUCCAAAGCUCAGGCAGUCAAUGGAUGUUCUACAAGCGAAGGCUGGGAGCAAUCGGCUGGAAAUUGCUGAGCUGCUUAUAGAACUAGAGAAUGAGAGGUUUGGUAAAAAGAGACUAGAGGAUGAUCUUGAUCUAAUGUCAAGUAAAGCUAAUUCUCUAAGAGAGAAGACAGAUAAUUCAGCAGUUCUUCAGAAACUUCUCCAUGAGGCCAAGGAGUACAGGGGAAUAUUGAAGUGUGGUAUUUGUCAUGAUAGGCAGAAAGAGGUUGUGAUUGCCAAAUGCUACCAUCUCUUCUGCAGUCAGUGCAUACAGAAGCCACUUGGGAGCCGUCAGAAGAGGUGUCCAUCUUGUGGACUAAGCUUCGGUGUUAAUGAUGUGAAACCUAUCUACAUAUGAAACAGAAGGUUGGCGCCUGUGUCGCAGCACCAAAACAAAACUGCUUGGCGCUUACUAAUUUCCGGUAUAUGGUAGGCGGCCAUGGUAAUUCAGUCGGUGAUGUAGCAUAAGAUUAUGUAGCAUUUAAGUUGCUACAUGUGAUUGCUGGUACCCGCUGGCAUAUAUGAUGCUGGUGUUACCUCAAGCGCCUUUUGUAAAGUCUGCUUGCCUUGCCCAAUCUGGUAGAAUAGCCUGACAUCGUCAACCAUUAGUUCCUUUUAGGAGAAAAAAAUAUCCAACAAAUGAGGAUUGAUGCUUCCUGCAAUAGUGAGCAAUGUACAAUAUAUAGCUUUAGUCAGUUUCAUUGUUGUAGCUGACAGUAAGAAUGUAGUUUUCUUUUCUUUUUAAUAUACCGGUUAUCCAGUUUGUAUGUUUCUGGAGUUUGCCAAUUCUGUUUAUCAAAAAAAGGAGAUUUAGUCAUUUCUAACCA